CUUUAUAUAGCCUCAUAAAAUAACGUGCAUCACAAAGCACUAAAUGGAGAUUUUAAUUUUGAUUCUAUUAUGAAAUCAUGGGCUGUAUUGAUUCUCCAUAUGUUACAGCAUUGAAUCCAAAAUCAAAUUCAUUAUUGGUCAAAGACGUUAGUCAAAGACGAGAGACAAAGAGAUCUUUUGCUUUAUUAUUUGUAAGAUAAUUAGCAAUAGACUUUGGGCUAAGCAAAUAAAUCUCAGUCCAGCCCAAACAUCUCUUUUCUUAACACACCAAAGUGUUUACAAAGUUUUUUAUAACUUUGUUAUAACUUCUCCAUUUUAAACACAAGAGGUUUCUUACCUCAUAAUUCUAAUAUAGAUAUUUUACAAAUAAUCUAUUUUAGACUUUCAUUUCUCAUUCAAACGAACUUCGUUUUUGAUAUAUGAUUACACUAUACCAUAGUGCUCAUAACAAUGAAUCCUACGAUUCCACAAUCCGGUCAUUUCGACAAUCAAAUUGCUCGAAAAAUUCACCGGAAUAUUGGCCAUAGCCAUUUGUCCAAAAAACAGUUCCAACAGCGAUGGCGAUCAAGGACGUGGCGGCGGACGACGAUAUCGAUGCAUCUCUUCCGCUACUGAAUUCUCCUUCUUCCGGGGACAGAACGUCGGCUAUUCAGACGCUCGGAAACAUUAUAGUCUCUAUCGUCGGUACAGGCGUCCUUGGCCUCCCUUACGCAUUUCGCGUCGCUGGAUGGUUCGCGGGCUCUCUCGGCGUCAUUAUCAUCGGUUUCGCAACAUAUUACUCCAUGCUCCUCCUCAUUCAGUGCAGAGAUAAGCUAGAAUCAGAAGAAGGACAAGAAGAUUCAAAAACGUAUGGUGACUUAGGAUUCAAAUGCAUGGGAACAAAAGGUCGAUACCUGACCGAGUUCCUCAUAUUCACUGCUCAAUGCGGUGGAUCAGUAGCGUAUCUAGUGUUCAUAGGACGUAACCUCUCAUCCAUAUUCAGCUCAUAUGGAUUAACCAUGGUCUCUUUCAUCUUGAUUCUGGUUCCAAUCGAGGUUGCAUUAUCAUGGAUCACUUCUUUAUCAGCUCUCUCGCCUUUCAGCAUCUUUGCCGAUAUAUGCAACAUCAUAGCCAUGUGUUUCGUCGUGAAAGAAAACGUGGAGAUGGUGGUUGGUGGAGACUUCUCGUUUAGUGACAGAACAGCUAUUGCGUCUACCGUUGGUGGUUUACCGUUCGCAGGAGGAGUUGCUGUGUUUUGUUUUGAAGGUUUUGCAAUGACGCUGGCUCUUGAAGGGUCUAUGAGGGAGAGAGAAUCUUUCCCUAAGUUGUUAGGUAAAGUGCUUGCUGGGAUUACGUUUGUCUACGUGUUGUUUGGGUUUUGUGGUUAUAUGGCUUAUGGAGAUGAAACUAAGGAUAUCAUCACGCUUAACCUCCCAAAUAAUUGGUCUGCCAUCGCAGUGCAGAUUGGCUUAUGUGUGGGAUUGACGUUUACAUUCCCGAUCAUGGUACAUCCGCUUAACGAGAUCAUAGAGCAGAAACUGAAAAGGAUCGAGUGCCUUCAAAAGCAUCGUCGUCAUCAUCAUCAUCACGAGACAAGUUCAGUCUCCAAAUAUGUAAUCUUCACCACGAGGAUGCUUUUGGUGGUAGGACUCGCAGGAAUCGCGUCCCUAGUCCCGGGGUUUGGUACAUUUGCAUCUCUGGUUGGAAGUACAGUGUGUGCACUCAUUUCAUUUGUGUUACCUGCUUCCUAUCACCUCACGCUGCUCGGUCCAUCGCUAAAUCUAUGGAACAAAUCUGUUGAUGUGUUCAUCGUGAUUUGCGGGUUGCUCUUUGCUGUCUAUGGUACAUACAACACCGUCGCUGGAUUGUAAAACAAGAAAACAAGUGAAUCUGUGUAAAACGAAGACAUCCAACGAAUUUACAUGAAGCUAUCCACUGUUGUAUGAUCAUUUAAUUGGGUGUCAAUAGAAAUGGUGACAACAUAUUGUUUUGCUAGUUCCCGCGAAAGCAUGAUUGGUUGUAUUUAAAUAUUUACUUGGACAGACAUAGAUCAUCACACAAACUAUACACAAGUAUACAGUCUUUAUAUAAGUCUAUAACCAACUGU